CCUCAUGUCAGAAGUAAUACUUCAUUGAAAGACUCACCACUAAAACCAGUGAUGUUUUGGAUUCAUGGCGGGGCCCUCGCUCUCGGGUCAUCAUUUCAAUACCAAUACAACGGCAGUGCACUGGCAGCUCAUGAUGUGGUGGUUGUGUCCAUGAACUAUAGAUUAGCUCAGUUUGGGUUCCUAUACGGUGGCGAUGAUAGGGCGCCCGGAAAUCAGGGCUUUUAUGACCAGUUAUUAGCACUCAAAUGGGUGAGAGAAAAUAUUUAUAAAUUUGGUGGGGAUAGGGAUCAGAUCACUAUAUUUGGUCAGAGCGCUGUCGACGCAAACCACAUAACGGAAGCCACUGUUGUGGGAACCACUGUCGCCACACUCGACACUGAAUACCUCCCG